GAUUUAAUCGUAUAUCAAAUAUUUCUUUACUAAUUUUAAACUUGAAAUACUAUAGUAGCUAUUCCAGUUUUUCUGUUUUAAGAAGUUUUAGUAAUAACUAAUAUUGUACAUGUAAAUUCAAUAUUAUUUAUGGUAAUAUUUUAACCAGUUAUGCAAAUAAUUAAAAAAUAAUAUUAUUCAUAUUAUUUUUUUGGAGUACCUACUUACAUUUGCUAUUUGAAUAAGUGCCAAAAUUUAAAUCAUACUAAAAAGAAAAAUGAGAACCACAUGCAAUGAAUCUGAUCGUUCAGUGUUUAAUGACUACGAAGAAUCAAUAAUAUUCGAUGAAGAUGAUCCUGAUUUUAGACCUAGUGAUGAUUUGGAAUGUAGUUGUAAUAAAAAUGUUGAGAAUACUAACAACAAGAUGUCAGUUACUAGUGUCCAGACUAUGAACAACCAAAGCUUGAUGAACAUUAAUGACAAAAUGCUCGAUAACAUGGAUCUAGUCAGUGACCUUGAGCAGGCAGUAACUCUAGAAGAGCUCAAAGAAGUUUUUAAAUAUUGUUUCCGUUGUGGAGUCAACUGGGAGCAACGCCAUGUGUCAUUAGAUUGCUUAGAAUGCGGUGGAUAUUCCCUUGAGAGGCCUUGUCCUAUUUGUGCAGGUCACUGUCGAAAUAUUUGGAAACGUGAUCUUGAAGAAUCUCAUAGAAGUGGCGAGGCAAGCUGGAUAGGAGAAUGCUCCUCAAAAUGUAAAGAAAUGGGACGUGAUGUCAAUCAGAUGUGUAAUAGACUCGAAAAGGUCAAAGCCACCUUUUGAGUCAUGAUUUAUAAACAUCUUAAAAACACAACUGAGUACUUAUUGUUAAGGAAUUUAGUUUAAGUGUAUCACUUUUCUAAUAAUAAUAAUUUUACUCAGUGUACACGGUGUCAUUUCCUCGUGGUGAUCAUACACGUCUUGUUUUUGGAAUGAAAUGAAUUCUCAAAAUGAUUUUUCCAUGUACAUAAUAAUUUGCUAUUAAUUUUCUAUGAAAAUUAUUUAUCGAAUCAGUAUAAAUUAUUUACUUAUCUACCUUCUAUUAUUAUUGACAGAAAUUUUGGAAAAACCCUUAAGCUGUAAUAAAUAUAUAUUUAUUUUGA